AAGAGAGCCGGGGAGGUAAGAAAAAUAAAAAUACAAAAGGAGAGGAGAGUUAUCGAAUACAAGUAAUUUUAUUUGGCAGUUGAUUAGUUACUAUAUUAAGAAUGGGUUACUGCGAUGGUAAGUGGACGCCGGUAAUUAUUAUGAUUACGAUUAAUUCAGCGCUAGGUUUAGGUAAUGCUUUGGUCAAAAAGGUGCUCGAUGGUGGUGUUAAUCAUAUGGUUAUAGCAACGUACCGGCUCGCUAUUUCCACCGUGUUUUUGGCACCAAUCGCAUUUUUCUGGGAACGGACAACAAGACCGAAACUUACGCUCAACAUCUUGGUUCAGCUUUUCUUCAGUGCUCUUGUUGGGGCAAGUUUGACUCAGUAUUUCUUCCUACUGGGGCUAUCGUACACGUCGGCUACGUUAGCAUGUGCUUUUAUUAGCAUGACACCUGCGAUUACGUUCGUGUUAUCUUUAGUAUUCAGGGUAGAGAAGCUAAACAUGAAAAGCAAAGCAGGUAUGGGGAUGGUGAUGGGCACUUUGAUAUGCAUCGGAGGAGCUUUAUUGUUAACAAUGUACAAAGGUGUUCCCUUGACAAAAUUUCACAAACUAGAAACCCAUCUAUUGACGAACCAUAGACCCGCGUUGAAACCUGAGAACUGGAUCAUCGGAUGCGUGCUUCUCUUCGCUGGUAGCAGCUGUUUCGGGUCGUGGAUGUUAAUACAAUCCAAAGUGAACGAUAAGUACCCUUGUCAAUACUCAAGCACCGUCAUAUUAUCUUUCUUUGGAACCAUCCAAUGUGCCCUUUUAAGCCUCAUCAAAUCUAGAGAUAUUACGUCUUGGAUCCUCACAGAUAAACUCGAUAUCAUGACCAUUGUUUAUGCAGGAGCGGUAGCACAAGGAAUAUGUACAGUGGGAACAUCUUGGUGCAUUAGAAAGAGAGGACCUAUCUUUACUUCAGUAUUUACUCCGGUCGGGCUUGUAUUCGCAACUCUAUUUGAUUUCUCGAUCCUUCAUCGUCAAAUAUGUAUUGGAAGUGUCAUCGGAUCUGGAAUUGUAAUCUUCGGACUGUACAUAUUCUUGUUGGGAAAGAUACGGCAAAUGAAGGAAGAGUGUGCAAAGAAGUUGCCUUCUCAUUGUGGUGAAGAAGAAAGCCAAGAUGAUGAACAAUACAAAAAGGGUCAUCUUAUGGUUGUUCCAAUGACUCCUUGAUAUGCUCAGACUUCUCCUCUUGUUCAUUCACUUUGUACAUUAUUUUGAAAGUAAUAAUUAAUAUCAAACAUAAACGACAACCAAGGCUCUUAUAAAUUUGGUAAAGCACUUUUCUCUUUGGAUUCUAUUCAAUCAGA